AUGAGACUUCUGAAGUUAAAGCGAGUGGCGUUCCCACUGGUGGGGAUUGGGCUUCUCCUCUACACUGGUUUGUUUUUUAGAGUCAGAUAUGAACAGAAAGAGGAGCCGGUCAAAGAUGUGGACACGCUGCACAACGCCAGAGGUUUUUCUGACCUGGAGGCAGACAUCAGCAAACUCUCUCUCUGCAUACUGAAUGCCCAGGACCCAGUGGGCUGGUCCAAAUGCUGGGGGCAACCACGUGUGCUAGGGGGAUACCUGGAGAUGGGGCAUGGGCCUGGUGCAGAUCUGGAUGAUGGCCAGAGCUAUAAAGCUCUCAGUGCUUUUGAAAAAAAGCAGGAUGCCAUGCAGAAGUUACUUGAGAAGCAAAAGGAUGCACAAAGAAAAUCUGCUGAGGAUAGUCACCAACCUGUCAAAAAUCAGCCCAAGCAGAAAGAGAAAACUGAAACAAAAAUCCAGGCCAUAAAAGGCAAAAAGCCUAAAAUACUGUUCCCUGACUCAGCCCUGUUUAGAACGUGGGGGGUGAAUCUAACCGAGGAUGAACAAACAGAGGCACAGGAAUUGUUUCAGAAGUAUGGAUAUAAUGUUUUCCUCAGCAAUCGUCUUCCAUUGGAUCGAGCUCUGCCAGAUACCAGGAGUCCACGAUGUGCAGAGAAGAGCUAUCCAAAGGAUCUGCCCACUCUGGGAGUGGUGCUGAUCUACCUGGACGAGGCUCUGUCUAUUCUCAAGAGAGCCCUGCGCAGCAUUGUCAACCGCACCCCUAAGGACCUGCUGAAGGAGAUUAUAAUGGUGGAUGACCAUAGCGUUAAUGAGGACCUAAAAGAAAACCUUGAUGUAUAUGUGAAGUCACUGGAGCAGCAGAAUCCAAAUAUUAAGAUCACAAGAGUGAGGCACAACGAGCAGAAAGGCCUUGCUGCUGCAAGGGCUUCUGGGUGGAGAGCUGCUACUGCUGACGUGGUGGCUAUCCUGGACGCACACAUUGAAGUACAUGAGAUGUGGGCUGAACCUCUGCUGACACAGAUAAAGGCAGACCGGACAGUGGUGGUGUCUCCGGUGUUCGACAGAGUCAACUUCGAUGACCUCCAGGUGGUUCCCUACAUGGCUAACGCACACGCCUUCGACUGGGCUCUAUGGUGCAUGUAUGAGUCGUUUUCUCCUGACUACUAUAAGCUCAUGGACAACUCAUUACCCGGAAAGAGUCCAUCUGUCAUGGGCAUCUUUGUGGCUGACAGGAAGUUCCUUGGAGAAAUUGGAGGUCUUGAUGAAGGGAUGAAUGUUUACGGAGGGGAAAAUGUUGAGCUAGGAGUUCGAGUAUGGACAUGUGGAGGGAGUGUAGAAGUAGUGCCAUGCUCUAAAAUCGCCCACAUCGAGAGGCACCACAAGCCCUACAUGCCUGACCUCAGCAGGGCCAUGAAGAGAAACGCCCUGAGAGUGGCAGAAGUUUGGAUGGAUGAGUACAAGCACAACGUGAACCUAGCCUGGAACAUCCCGUUUGAGAAUCACGGAAUAGACAUCGGGGACGUCUCAGAGAGGAAGAAACUCAGAGAAAGGCUGAAAUGCAAACCUUUUAAAUGGUACCUGGAAAAUGUAUAUCCUAAGUUGGAUCCCUUGGACAACCUGGUGGCUUUUGGUGGAAUGAAGAAUAUUGAUGCCAAUAUGUGCAUGGACCAAGGCCCGGUUCCAGGUCACACUCCUAUCGCCUAUGGUUGCCACUAUUAUGGACCUCAAAACUCUUACUAUCGCAAAUCUGGUGAGAUCUACGUCGGAGGCAUCAAGUCCCAUAAGUAUAACAACAACCGUUGUUUAUGUGACAUCGGGAAGACAGAAACCCUGCCUGGGCUUUAUGACUGCAAAGAGGCUUUACAGAAAGGGAUGGGGAUUUACUGGGACUUCACUCAGGGCAAAGAGAUAAAGAACAGAGAGACGAAGAGAUGUCUGGAGAUCAAAAAGGGAAUACUACUUUUACAGGAAUGCUCUGGGCAAAGAUGGGAAAUCCAAAACAUUAUAAAAGCAUUCUGA